AUGAGCGGACAGUACUGGCAAACAUCGUCGCAUGGUUCUCUCUCUGGGAAAGUUUCAUCCAUUAAAUCGGUUCAUCUCCGAGAUUUACUAAAGGAUGAAGCCCGAAACAAUCAGCUGAUUGUUGAAGCGGAAGGAGUUUUGAUGGAUUUGUCUCGCCAAAAAGUGACACCCGAGGUCAUGAAACUUCUAUUCGAAUUGGCACAAGAAAGAGAUCUCUCUAAGAAAAUCGGUGCAAUGUUUUCGGGCGACCAUCUGAAUUCAACAGAAGAUCGGGCUGUUCUUCAUGUUGCUCUUCGAUCCCAUGCUAACGAUGUUUUUGUUGAUCAAGGGAAAGAUGUCGUUAAGGAGGUGCACGAGGUUCUCAAUCAGAUCCAAAAGUUCAGUGACGCACUUCGUUCUGGACAAUGGAAGGGUUUCACUGGAACGCCUCUUACUGAUGUCGUUUGUAUUGGAAUUGGAGGAAGCUAUCUUGGACCGGAGUUUGUUCUUGAAGCAUUGCGCACCUACGGUCCUUGUAAAAAGGCUUGCGAGGGACGAAGAUUGCGAUUUUUGGCAAAUGUUGACCCCAUUGAUGUUGCUCGUGCAACUGAAGGAUUAAAUCCUGAAACAACUUUGGUCGUUAUUGUAUCGAAGACUUUUACAACAGCAGAGACCAUGCUGAAUGCUCGCACAUUACGCCAUUGGUUGAUGAUGUCGCUUCAAGACGAAAAAGCUAUCGGAAAGCACAUGAUUGCUGUGACCACGAACGUUGAAGCUGCCAAGCAGUUCGGGAUUCUGCCUGAGAACUGCUUCGGUUUCUGGGAUUGGGUUGGAGGCCGUUUUUCGGUCUGCUCUGCUGUCGGUUGCGUUCCACUUGCACUUCACUUUGGUUUUGAGUAUGUUCGCCAAUUCCUUGAUGGGUGCCGUGCAAUGGACCUUCAUUUCAAAUCCACUCCAAUGGAACGCAAUCUUCCAGUUCUAAUGGGCCUUAUUGGUAUCUGGAAUUCAACGUAUCUAGAUUACUCGAACGUGGCCAUCCUUCCUUAUUGCCAGGCUCUCCUCCGUUUCGCUGCUCAUAUUCAACAAUUAACAAUGGAGAGCAAUGGAAAGCGAGUCACAAUCAAUGGAGCGGCCCUUCCUCAUCCAGCCGGAGAAAUCUUCUUUGGAGAACCAGGAACCAACGGCCAGCACUCGUUCUAUCAGCUCCUUCAUCAAGGGCGCGUCGUGCCUGCGGAUUUCAUCGGAUUUUGCCAUUCGCAAAACGACAUUCCCGUUCCACUCGAGCGUCUCUCCAACCACGAUGAGCUGAUGGCAAAUUUUUUUGCUCAGCCAAAUGCGCUUGCUUUGGGAAAAACGGAAGCUGAAGUUAAAGCUUCAGGAUGCCCGGAAUCUCUCGUACAGCAUAAAGUUUUCAGUGGAGACAGACCCUCAACAUCCUUGUUGCUCUCUGAGUGUAACCCACAUUCAGUGGGGCUCCUUCUAUCUCUGUAUGAGCACCGCACAGCUGUUCAAGGAUUCAUUUGGGGCAUUAAUUCCUUCGAUCAAUGGGGCGUUGAGCUCGGCAAAGUGUUGGCAAAGGACUUCUGUAACAUUCUUGAAUCGAACCGAUCUGGCAAACCCUCACAACUAGAGACCGGCUUGCCAAGCUCGUCUCGAACGAAUGCUGUGCGUGGUUUUGUUCAUGGGAGAUUCCAAGAGCUCAAAAAAUUAAAGGAAGCAACUCCAGGUGGUCCGAUUUCUUCAACUCUUUCUCAGCUUGGUUUUCAGAUGCUUUGCCGUUUGAAACAUUUAUCAACUUGA